AUGCCCGCCGAAGACGUCAGCGACCUAGGAGAGGUCGUGGACGCGAUCAAUCGACUCUGCGAAAACAUGAAGACAAGUUAUGACGAGAAGGAACCAGAGUUGGUCCCCUCAGACGAGGUAGUGGUCCGACGGGUCGAGAAAUGGAGCGACUCUGUCGUCGAAGAGGUCUCCGCUGCGGAUCAGCUGGUGACAGUUUGUGAACCGAUAAGCGAAUAUUACACGGCCUCGUCUGAAGUGUCCUUACUCUCUGAUGAAAUGUGCCAACCGGAUAAGGAAAAGGUUGACCGAAAUUACGCCUCGUCUGAAGUAUCUUUACUGUCGGACGAGUUGGCCCAAUUUGAAGAUUCGGAUAAGGAAAGGGACGAUAGGAACAGUGUAAUGGCCGGUCACGUGGCCGCUAUGAGAGAGAGGUUUGAGAGUAUGACGCGAACCAGCACUCCGUGUCCGGAUGUAUUGCGAUCCGCGUCACCGGGUUUCGACAUAUUGUUUAGGACCAUAACCCCUUCGCCCGAUCAGUUAGACAAAUCAUAG